CACCUGACAGGUUGCAAAACUACCCCAUUGUUUUCUAUUUUACCAGAUCUCGCUCACUCUCACACCCCACCCCACCAUUGCUCUGUUUCUACUCGAAUCUCCCAUCCCCAUCCAUCAUCUUCCCACCAUCCUAGGGUUUCUCUCUCUCUCUCUCUCUCUCUCUCUCUCUCUCGUAUCCAUUCCGAUCCACAUCCACUUUCCAUUCUCUAACUCUCAAAGCCAUUAUGUGGAGAUAACAGUCCUUGACAAGGAUUUCAAGGGAGCAAGGUCUGGAGUUAGAGUGAGAAAGUUCCAGAGUAAGGAUGUCUAGUAGCAGAACCCAUUGGUGCUACACGUGUAGGCAACCGGUUAGUCUCCGCGGACGAAACAUAGUUUGUGCCAAUUGUCGUGGAGGAUUUGUUCAAGAACUUGAUGAUGUCCUUAGUGUGAAUCAGCUGUCCCUAGAUUCUAGCCAUGAAGAAGUUGAAAAUCAUGACCAAAGGCCAGGAUUUAUGGAUGCUUUCGUGAAUUUCAUGAGAGAUCGAAUAGUGGGAAUAAACCACAAUGGUGGUACAAGAGGGAGGUUGGAUUCACACCCUGAACAUACCAGUUUUGCCCCCUGGUUGCUUUUCAGUGGCCAGGUGUCCUCAGACAGUGGGCUUGAAGAGCUUUUUAAUCAGGCUGUCGGAGUUAGGCGGGGAAAUGGCGGAGACUAUUUUGUGGGUCCCGGGCUGGAAGAAUUCAUCGAGCAGCUCACAAGAGAUCGAAGUGGCCCUGCCCCCGCCCCCAAAGCUUCGAUUGAUGCGAUCCCAACCGUUAAAAUUUCUCAGAAGCAUCUUCGAUCUGACGCGCACUGUGCUGUUUGUAAAGAGAAAUUUGAGUUGGGGUCCCACGCAAGGAAACUACCGUGUAAACAUAUAUACCAUUCAGAUUGUAUUGUUCCAUGGCUAGUUCAGCACAAUUCUUGCCCAGUUUGCCGGCAGGAACUUCCACCGCACAGAUCUGGUGAUAUUCGUAGGAACAGGAAUGCGAAUGGUGUAGAAAACAGAGGUCAGAACAGGGGGACUUGGAAUCCUUUUUCUUUAUUCCGGUCUUUCGGAUCAUCUGAGUCAAGCUCUUACAACAGAAGAGGAAGCAGCUCGUCAACCACGUGAACAAAGUCACCCUAGGGGUGUAUUGAGUGAGCAUAAGUUAUCAACUCCAAUUCAGUGGAGCAAAUUGCUCAUUUUGCAUUAGGAGUGGAUUGGGACCUUUGAGUCCACAAGACUUGAGUUUGCUUUUGAACCAUGAAUGUAAGUUUUCGGUAGUUAUGGUUCCAACUUCCUUCUUUAUCACUGGAAGUGUAAAAUCUGCUAUUGUUUGUUGUUUUGGUAAUCUGCCGUUUGCUAAGACUUGAGUUA